UCGGAUCCAGUGAUUUACAAGUUACAAGUAGCUAUUUGUUUAGCUUGGACAAUUGGAACAUUUCCGCUCCGGCGAUCUUGAGGAGGAUAUUCUAAAAAAAGAUACCCGAUUUUUGUUUUCGAUCAACAACAUUCAAGAUGCGUGCUUCAUCAUUCCUCGCAGUGGCUGCUAGCGUCGCGUCCGCCGUCGCUGACACCACCACCGCCACAUCUUACCUGACGGCGACAGUCACAAUCACCAAGUGCAGCCCUGACAACACUGCCUGCCCGCUGUACACGCCCUCUACCAGCUCUGUUCCGACGACGUCAUCUUCGAUCUCGACGCCUCCUGCUUAUCCCACCAGCUCCGUCGCGUUGAACACCACUACCAGCAGCAGCUCUUCUACCUCUUCAUCUUCAUCCUUUUCAUCCUCUUCAUCUAUCAUCUCUUCCACUUGGUACCCCAUCUCCAACUCUACCACGCAUGUUGGACCUACCGCCUACCCCAACGCUACUUCUAGCUACGCGAUCCCCACUACGUACGCUACUUUGACUUCGGUGGUCCCCACAACGCCGGCUGUCACGCCGUCGGCCUCCGCGUCCGCGAUCCCCACCGGUGCUGCUGGCCUGGUGUCUGUUCACUCGGGUCUGCUGAUGGGUGUUGUGGCUAUGGGUGCCGCGCUCCUGAUCUAAGCGGAAGGAUAGAGAUGGCCGAGGAAUUACCAGAUGUGGCAAUUAAUUACCUUUGGCAAACCUGAGUUCUAGCUCUCGCAAAGGGUAGAGAGAGCACUCGGC